AUGGAUAACUUGGAACGACUGAAGAAGAUGCGAGCUUCCAGCCGAGCGACUGUGACGCGUAUCAUCAACGAUUUGAAGACCCUCAUAGCUACAUCGCCCCACGAUCCUGCUCAGCUUACUGCGAAGCUUACGUUUCUCGAAACAAAAGCAUCAACCUUGACUCAGCUCAACCAAGAGAUCCAGGCCCUUAUCGACGAAGCAUCUUUGGAAGCAGAAUGCGAGGCCUGCGAUCAGUACUCGGAAUCUAUUAUCACUAUCUCGGUUCAAGUCCGUGAAGCUCUGAACACCGCUCUCGGUGUCACGAGACUGGCAUCCGCGCAGGUCGGCGGUGCUCCACAGCCUUCGUCUGCUACAUCUCAAGGCGUGGGCCCUCCUGCAGACGGCGUCAAAUUGCCGAAGUUGCGGAUUGACUCCUUUUCUGUUCAAAUAUUUGAUCUCACUCGUCACCGGACCCGCUGCUCGAGCGAUAGAGGGGCUAUCACUCAAGACGAGAACUACGUUACGGCCGUCGAUAUCCUCAAUGCACGGUUUGGCAAGACUGAGCUUUUGGUGAGCGACCACUUGGAUUCUUUGUUCGACUUGCCUCCUGUGAAGUCUAUUGAUGAUAUCAGAAGUUUGAGAAAGUUCCAUGAAGCCGGUACGGUUCGAAUUCGGAAUCUUCAGAGUCUGGGUGUAUCACGAAGCCAAUAUUCGAUUACCAUUUUCCGGACAAUUCUUCGGAAGAUACCUUCACCACUUGAGUUGGAAUACUACCGUGUGAACAGAACCGACUCUGCAACCGCCUCGGCAGCCACGUCGACGGCCGAUGAUCUGUCAUCACUUUUGGAUUUCCUUGAAAAAGAAAUUGAGUUUCGAGAACGGGUCCGCAGGCCGACAGCUUCGUCUAAGGAGGAUACUGCUGAUCGCCGCAAGACACCCCUUUACCCUUCUGCUGCUUCUUUAGCAGCCAGCGCGACGGCAGCGGUGUGUGUACUCUGCAAGUCUAAGGAGCAUUCGCUAGAAGCUUGUACAGCCCCACUGAGCGCAGCGGACAAGAGGAGCCUAUUGCGUCGGGAAGGACGUUGCUUUCUGUGUGGCAAGCGGUCACAUUUGUCGAAGGAUUGUCGCGUCUGCUACAGACUUCGUUGCCAAAAUUGCAAUAGGCGGCAUCUCACACAGUUGUGUCUGGAGGGCCUUUCAGCUUCGUCGUCCAAUGUCGCUGUUACUCCAGACAUCGUUACGACAUCUCCUGCUCCGUCGUCGAGCGCGGCAGUGGUUCAGGACAUCGUCACGACCAUGUCCUCUGCCCCACAUGCUCCCAAAGUGCAGCCUGAACGGGAAAUUCUUUUGCAAACAGCAAAGGUAUGGGUACAGGGCGAGAAUGGCCAACGACGCCUGGUGCGAGUUCUGCUCGAUGGCGGCAGCCAGCGCAGUUUUAUCCGCAAGGAUAUCUCGGCCAAGAUUGGAUGCACUGCCCCGUCACAUGGAGUCGCAAUUAUUGUCGCGACGGGGUGGAGUGUUAUUGAUUAA